GUCAUGACGUUGCAUGAACAGAGAACAACACUUGAAAUAAAAAAAAUUUUUUAUUAGACAAAAGCUUACAUUACAUGAAGAAUAAUUCUGGUGUCUUGUGAUACUGCCAUCGUGCUGCUCUUUGGCAUUGUCUUGUAGUGGUCUUCUGUGUGUUGGUUUAUCUCCCCGAGCUUGUCAGCUGUUUAUCAACACCAACAACACAAACUCUUGUAAUAAUUUCAAUUUAUCCAUAAGCGUAACGCUCGCUUAUUAAAUUGUCAACACAAUGUCAGUUAACAAUCAUCCUCGAUAAAAAUAAUAAGUAAAAGAAACUCUUUCGAAAUCGUGUGGUGAAAAUCGUAUAUAUACAUAUAUAUAUAUAUAAGUGUACACAUACAUUUAGCUUGUGUAUAUAAAAUAAAAUCAGGGAGUCAUGGUGGAAAAGUCUCCCAGUCAGCUGUAGUCAGCAGUGUUUUGUGCUAACUACAGCGUACUUGUUAAAUUAAACAGUACAAAUAAUAAUUAUUAUUAUUGGAAACAAAUGAUCACCAUCCCAAUCACAAAGAAAAAAUAAGUGGCCUUGAGUGGUGAACCCUGACCAUGCCAAAUUCGACGACAUUUUUGGAGAUACGCUGACCAAUCACUUGUCAUCAGCGCCCACUGCUCUUUAUUGUCCCAAGUUGCCUCUAGGUAUUGUCUAUUGUCAUCUAGAAAAAAAAAAAACAAAAAUAUCUAAAUCCAAUCCUUUGUUCUGACAAAAUGGGCAACUGUCUUAAGAGCAGUGGAGGUGCUCAAAAUGACAACGCGACGUUAUUGAAUAAUAGUCCGGAUCCAGCAACUGGGAGCUUGUCACAAGAUCAACUUAAUUCCCAAGCUAUGCCUUACAAUGAGCUGGUUGACUCGCGUUAUCCAGUCGUUUCGACCCGUGAAAGACACGUGCGAUCAACAGAAUCCAGCAUCGGUGGACUAGGUCAGGGUAUCGGGAUGACAACAGGCAGCAUAAGAGGAACCGGACUGAUAAAUACGGCAGCGAUGAAUGAAGAGGAGCAUCAGAUGCGAAUCGCAAAACGCAUUGGACUGAUCCAGCAUCUGCCAUCGCGAGAGUACGACGGUGCUAAAAAAGGGGAAUGUGUAAUCUGCAUGAUGGAACUGACAAUUGGCGAAGCUGUUCGCUAUCUUCCGUGCAUGCACACUUAUCAUGCAAUGUGCAUCGACGAUUGGCUUCUGCGUUCACUCACCUGUCCAUCGUGCAUGGAGCCCGUUGACGCGGCACUAAUUAAUUCUUAUCACCCAACGACUUAGUUGAUCUAAAUAAAUACUGUCCAAGUACAUAUAUCGAACACGUUUGCCUCCAAGGCCGGUAAAAUUUAAAAAAAGUCGAUAGAUCUUCGAACCAAUCGGGCAAUAGUUGUUCUGUUAUUUUCACCCUCCAAAAUCAUUUAAAUAUUUAAAUUAUCUCUACUCGACUUACUUUUGUAUUCGAUAAAUAACUGCAGGCGGUUUUAUUAUUGACUUUUUAUUAAUUAUUAUUAUUCUGUUUUAAUGAAAAUUUUUUUUAACAUUUAAUUUAAAAAAAAAAAACGAAAAGAAAAUCAUGAUAGGAUGUAAUAAAAUUUAAAUUGAUUUUGGAACGGAAUUUGAAACUCGUACUGUUGUCUAGACAAAUCCUUGAGUAAUUAAAGCAUCACAUAAUCGCGUUAAGGCUUUGGCAUUAUAAUAUCGCUAUGUUUUAACAGGCUUUAUAGAUAAGAAUGAAGUGAAAGAAAUGGAGCUGUGAAAUAGUCGUUUGUUGACUGCAAAUAAAUAUUUAAAAUAACUAAUAGAUAAGUCAAAAAAAAUAAAUAUAUAAGGUAAGAGACCCAGUACCUGAUCAGGGAACUAGUACCCGAUCACUCGGGCAUCUGUAUGUCUAUAUUUACUAAGUUUUACUAAAUAUAGAUAUUCAAAUACAUGGAGUGAUCGAGUACUAGUUCCCUGAUCGGGUACUGGGUCUCUUACUUUACAUAAAUUAUUAGAAAAA